UUUUUCCACAUUCAUAAUAUUAUAAAUACUAAAUGCUUGCCCUGAUUUUUUAAUACCUCAAAGUUCCCAACUUUUUAGCUUUCUUCAACAGAAUGGCUAGUCUAGUAUGGCUUGCUAGCUUUCUCCUUUUGUUUCACUUUCAUUUUCAAGCUUCAGUUUCCUUUUCUUUGAAUUCCAACUCUUCAGCAAUGUUGUGCCAACGAGACCAGAGUCUUGCCUUGCUCCAAUUCAAGGAAACCUUUUCCAUUGCAAAGGCUGUCUUUGUCCCUCCUUAUUAUCCCAAGCCUUAUCUCAAGACAAGGUAUUGGAAAGAGGGCACUGAUUGCUGUUGGUGGGAUGGGAUUACAUGUGAUAUGGAAACGGGUAAUGUAAUUGGCCUUCACCUUUCUAAUAGCCUCUUGUAUGGUCCUAUCUAUUCUAACAAUCCUCUUUUCUCUCUUCGCCAUCUCCGAAAACUCGACUUGUCUUUAAAUGAUUUCAACCACUCUCGAAUUGUUCCUCAGUUUGGCCAGUUAUUCAAGUUAACACAUCUUAAUCUAAGCUAUUCUGGUUUUGUGGGUCAAAUUCCUUCAGAAAUUACUUACCUGUCAGGUUUGCUAUCUCUUGAUCUUUCUUGGAAUUAUGGUUUAACAUCAGAAACCACUAUUUUUACCAAGCUUGUUCAAAACCUAACCCAAUUACGGGAAUUGGACUUGAGUUUUGUAAACAUGUCUGAGGUUGCACCUAGUUCCUUGAUGAAUUUGUCUUCUUCUUUGACAUCUCUCAAACUUCACUCUUGUGAAAUGCAAGGAAAAAUCCCCGAUAUCAGUCGUCUAUCUAAAUUGGUUUCACUUGAUCUUUCUUGGAAUUAUGGUGGUUUGACAAUAGAACCAAUGGUUUUUGACAAGCUUGUUAGAAAUCUAACCAAGAUAAGAGACUUAGCCUUCGGAGACGUAAACAUGUCCAUGGUUGAACCUAGUUCUUUAACGAAUAUCUCUUCACAUUUAUCAUCACUUAGACUUGGAAUUUGUGAAUUGAAAGGGAAAUUUCCAGACAACAUUAUUCAACGAACAAACCUCCAACUGCUUGAUUUAUUCGGUAAUGAAGAUCUCAACGGUUCCUUACCUAGGCAUAACUGGAAUAAUUCUCUCAGGUCUUUGUCUCUUUCUUUUACACAAUUUCCAAUUUAUUUGGACUAUGAUUUUAUCAGUAAUUUGAAGUCUUUAGAAACUUUGGAGCUCAGCAGCUGCAAUUUUAGAGUUUCAAAUUUGAAAUUGUUGGGUAAGUUGACUCGACUCAUUCUGUUGGAUCUUUUCAAUAAUAAUUUCAGUGGUCAAAUUCCAUCUUCACUUGGGAGUCUUAAACGACUCUUUUAUUUAGACCUUUCCAAUAAUAAUUUCAGUGGUCAAAUUCCAUCUUCACUUGAAAGUCUUAAGCGGCUCCCUUAUUUAGACCUUUCCAAUAACAAUUUCAGUGGUCAAAUUCCAUCUUCACUUGGAAGUCUUAAGCGACUCUUUUAUUUACACCUUUCCAAUAACAAUUUUAGUGGUGGGAUUCCCUCCUCUUUUAAAAACCUUAAACAACUUUAUACAUUGGGGCUCCAAAAUAACCAGCUCACCGGUCGUUUAGGUCCAUUCCAAGACAAUCCAUUGAGAUAUAUUGAUUUGAGCAAUAACAUGUUGCAUGGCUCCAUUCCAAGCUCCAUUUUAAAACUUGCGGACUUGAAUGUUCUCAUUCUUUCAUCCAAUAAAUUGAUAGGAGAAGUUUCUUCAGCAGUUUGCAAACUAAACUCUCUCCAAAUUCUUGACUUGUCAAACAACAGUUUGAACGGCUUCAUCCCACAAUGUUUGGGAAAUUUCAGCAAUGAUCUCUCGGUGCUGCAUUUGGGCAUGAACAAUUUCCAAGGAACCAUCCCUGAGACGUUUUCAGCAAGAGGCAGCUUGAGAUAUUUGAACUUCAAUGGCAAUCAAUUGCAAAGGAGAAUCCCUCUGUCCAUUUCCAAUUGUAGAAAUUUGGAGAUUUUAGAUCUUGGAAACAAUAAUAUAGAUGACUCAUUCCCCCAUUUCUUGGAAACUCUUCCGGAGCUGCAAAUUCUAAUUCUGAAAUCCAAUAAACUCCAUGGAUUUGUGAAAGGGUCCUCUACCAAUUAUUCCUUCUCAAAGCUGCGAAUGUUUGACCUCUCCGAUAACAUGUUGAGCGGGCCAUUACCUUCAGGGUAUUUCAAUAAUUUCAAAGCAAUGAUGAACUUUGAUGUGAAGAUGGAGUACAUGGGGCAACCAAAUUAUUCUUACGAUUAUUCUGUGAGUCUGACACUCAAAGGAGUUGUGAUUGAGUUGGUGAGAAUCCAAACACUUCUUACAACCAUUGAUUUGUCAGGCAACAAAUUCACAGGGGAGAUCCCACAGUCUAUUGGAAAGCUUAAAGCACUUAAGUUGCUCAACUUGUCUCACAAUCAACUCACGGGCAAUAUUCAACCAUCAUUGAGGGAAUUGUCCAAUUUGGAAUCACUAGACCUCUCUUCAAAUUUUCUUGUUGGAAGGAUUCCUAUGCAGUUGACAGAUUUAACAUUUCUGCAAGUAUUUCGGGUUUCAGAUAAUCGACUUGAAGGACCCAUACCUGAAGGAAAGCAGUUCAACACAUUUGAUAAAAGUUGAUAUGAAGGAAAUUUGGGAUUGUGUGGAUUUCCACUAGAAAAAUGCAAUAAUGGGGAGAGGCAAAAACCAGAAAUAUCCAAGGAAGAUGAUUCCAAUUCUAAAUUUGGAUUUGGGUGGCAACCUGUAGUGGCAGGGUAUGGAUGUGGAGUAAUAUUUGGUAUUGCAAUGGGAUAUCGUGUGUUUAAAACAAGAAAACCAAUAUGGUUUGUGAGGAUAGUUGAAGGACAAAGACGUGCAAAGCCAAAAAGAUUCAAAAACUAGGAUUUCUUGGUAUUUACAGGUAGAUGAAGAAUAAGUGAGCAGAUGCAAAAUGAAGAUACAGAUCGGACAUGAAUGCAGUGGAAAACAUAGCAUUAUAUUUCUUUUUCUUUUUUUUUUUCUUUU